UCCGGCAUUUAACCUAAAGCCUCCCCUCAGCGGAGGCUUCCAGGGAGGGACGAGAGCAAAGAGCCCGCCGCUCCGCAUCCAGGGCACAGAAGAGGAAGGCGAACUUUGAAAGGAGCUCACUGAAGGUGAGCUGACCAUAAAUAAAUAUAUAGAUAGAUAGAUAGAUAUUUCAGUGCUCUCUUCUAACGAGGAAAGCUAUUUGGACAAACGAAGCACAAAACCGACAAAAGAUUUCGUUGAAAUUUGGGACCUCGGAAUUUUAUUUUUAUUUUAUUCUUUUUAAAUGAAAAAGCCAAAUGACAUAAGAUUCCUGGACUCGGAGCCAUACUUUCACUUAAUGCGCGAGAGAAGGAACUUUUAAAGAGCAAAAAAAAAUUUUGACGUGAGGGACCAUCCGCCGAAAGUUUCCUCCGCACCGUGGGAAAAAAAAACAGAACACGCCGCGGCACCACAAAAUCCCCAAGACUGCGUUUGCUUCGACGUCGACGAGAACUGCGAGUCAUUCUAGUUUAACGUACAGAAUGGAAGAUGAGCCGCGGCGUAAAACGCCUGAUGGAGCCGGUGAGAAGAGGAGGAAUCAGGCGGAAGGACAGCGACCUUUGAAGCCGCCGCUGUGGAGCAGCUGGAGGAACCUGAACGGGAUCAUGGCCGGCGUGUCCGUGUCCGUCCUUUCCCUUGGACUUUGCGUUUUGGUGAUAAUGCGGACCUCAGAGUUGCAGUCCAGGAUACUGAGUCUGGAGCAGCAGCAGGACGCAAAGUUGUCCGCCUGGAUGAUGACUCUGGAGCAGGUGGAGCCCCUUAUUAUGAGUCGGGUGGACCAGUUACUGGAGGAGAAACUGGCAACACAGAUGUCAAAGACGCGGGAGGUCCGAGAUGCUCCACAAAGCUGCCUUUGUCCUCCAGCGCGUCGGCUCUCUGGAGAAGUAGAAGAACGUGGCAGGGGAAAGAUGACUUUACCAGAGACCUUAGCAUGGCUGGAACAUUUAAAGAAAAGAAAACACUUCUCAGGACCUCCAGGGACGGCAGGGGAGCCUGGUUUGUCUAUCAUUGGACCAAGAGGGCCUCCUGGACAACCUGGCACAAGAGGAUUCCCUGGUUUCCCAGGUCCUAUUGGGUUGGAUGGAAAGCCUGGGCAAAAAGGACAAAAGGGAGACACGGGUUCUCGAGGUCCUCAAGGAAACCUGGGGGAGCCGGGCCUCAAAGGGGAGAAGGGUGCAUGUGGAGACUUAACACACCGGGUGUUGCCCAUGACCCUGCGAAACAUGCCUUCUAUAAACCAUCUAAUCUUAAAACGCCUCCAGCAGGGUGCACCCGGAUUACAAGGACCCCCAGGACCCCCAGGCCUCCCUGGUGCCCCUGGUUCCCCUGGCCUUAAUGGUCCCAGCGGUCCACCGGGUGAAAAGGGAGAGCCAAGCACUUUUGCUAAGGGGAGUAAAGGAGAGCCAGGUUCACCAGGACUAAUCGGUUUAAUGGGGCCCAAGGGCGAAAAGGGAAAUAAGGGGGAAGCAGGUACCAAAGGCACUGCUGGCCCAAGAGGUCCAUCAGGUCCAACGGGGCAGCCAGGAAAGAUUGAUCUCCAGAACAGUGAAAAUAACAUUCGCAGUAUGCCCCUAAUGGGGCUUCCUGGAUUACCUGGACCUCCAGGAUCCCCUGGAACCCCUGGUGAAAAGGGUCCCACAGGACCAGCAGGUAUAUCAGGCCCUCCAGGACCAAAGGGAGACAGAGGUGAAAAGGGAAAUGCAGGCUUUCUUGGACCAACUGGCCUUCAAGGCAUCCCUGGUUUGCAAGGACCACAAGGACUCAAAGGAAAUCGGGGAGAAAGGGGCAAGAAAGGCAACAGGGGGGCCAAAGGGGAUAAGGGAGACCAAGGAGCACCUGGAUUAGAUGCCCCAUGUCCUUUGGGGGAUGAUGGCUUACCGGUCAUAGGCUGCUGGAAUAAAGGUCAACAUCCUUUCCAACUGGCUAGAAAGUAGCGCUGCCUGCCAAAGACAACUUAGUGAAACCAGAGGAGAAGAAACGUGAAGCGAUAUUGAAACAUCUUGGGAGUUGUUGUCUUUUCUUCUUUUUUUUGUCCAACCUGUUGAUGGACACAAAGCCUGCUUUUUGAGUCCUGGAUUGCAAAAAAAGCAGAGGAACACCAACAUCCUGCACCAAGUUACCAAGGAUCCAGCACACAGGCAGAUGACGUCUGAGGAUUUCGCUCCAUCCUUCUAUGAUCGUUUUCUAUUUUCUGAUUAAAUCAUCUUUGACCUACAGCUGAAGCUGGAGUGAAGUUGAGGAACGGAAUUUAUUUAUUGUGUUUUGAUGAAGACUUCUUGCGAGCAGCACGCCACACAAAUUAACAUUUUGUAUUUCCUAAAAAGAAAAAAAAGAAAGAAAAAAGCGAUCAUGAUUCCUAUUAAUAUAGUCUGAUUAAGAUUAUUUUUGUGCAGCUAUUGCACAUUAACUUGUGUUAACAUUUGUACUAUUUCCAUAAAGAACAUAAUGUCAUGACUGGUGACAUUUCUAACAUUCUUUUUUUCUUUUUUGUACUGAUGUGUUUUACAUUUUAUGUCUAUACUUGUAAAUAUUUUACAAUUUCAGUACUAUGUAUUUAAAGGUAUUUAAAAAGUGUUGAUUUUUAAACAUACUGUAGAAGAUUGUUAUUUUGAUUCAGGCUCAUUCAGAGCUGAAUGACUGCUGGUGUGGGAAUUCGGGCAUUUGAUUCAGGGCUGGGCUUGAGCCCCCCUGUGGUGUGGAAAGUACAAAAUGUGUUGAGAACUAGAAGGAGAAGCCACUGGCUGUAUUCUGUGCAAGUGGAAUAUGGUUCACGUUCAUAUGUUUUGUGCAUCUAGGAUAUGGCUCCUAUAAUUGUUUUGUUUUUUUUAAUUCAGAAUGCAAAGCCGUAGUAAAUAACGGAAAACGUAGGCGAUGUUUCAUUAAAAAAAAAAAAAAAAGACACAGAUGUAUUCCUAACGUCACAUUUUUCCUUUUUUUAAGCGUACAUUUUGCAUGUUUUUAUUGAGAGGAAAGUGACAAAUGCAGUCAGAUUUCUUGUUUGUGUACACAAACUGGCAAAUGAGGUGAUUCUGAUAUAGACAGGCGGAGCGAGGGAUGCAUCCUGGAUACCGAUACUUUAUAGGUCACAGGCACAUGAGCUUCUAGCAGAUUUUUCUCUUGUUUGCUUCAUACCAGACCUUAUAAUGGAUUCAGAUUUGAAUGUUAUUUUCAAGGUUCAUUAAUAGCACUACCUACUGCCUAGCCUCACUCUUGGAGCAUAAUCACAGCUGGUUUGUCAAAAGGCCCGUGCAACACAAGCUGAAAUGCUUCUCAAAAGUAACAGAUACAUCUGGGCCUUUUGGGUCUUUGCACAUUUUUAGAGUUGCUAAGUUUUGUGAAGUUUUUUUCACAAAAUAUAAGUUGAUAACAACUGCAGAAAAGCUUUUAUUUUCCUUUUGUAAUUUUCUAUAUUUUACAAUGUUAAUGAAUUUUCCUAUUGAGGUUUUUAAAUGCAAUCCAUAACUUU